UGAAGACGGAGCAUAGUAGGUGGCAGGACAGUAAAGGUGACUAAGCUCGGCUAGUGGUUCCGCCGAGCUGUGUGAACCUCCGCGUGUUGACAUGGCCCCUCCAAAGUCGCAUUGCAUGCAUUGCGGCAGGCUGCGUUCGCAGACAUGACGGCCGAAGCGCCGGAUCCACGGACCUUCACGAGCUGGGAGGAUGCGUUCCAGUACCCCAUCCCCGUGGUCCGCAAGCUGGAGCAGCAGCUGCGCUCCAACGCCGAUGAGAAUCGCGAGAAGCUGCGGUCGCUCGUAGGUGCGAGCUAUCGCAGCCUCCUCGACACGGCCGAAACGAUCAUCGACAUGGAGGUCCGCAUGGAGCACGUCGAGGGCACGCUGGCACGCGUCGGACACAACUGCAACUCGACGACGCUGGAUCGCAUUACAAGCAGCGCGGUCAGACUGGAUGCACACAUACGCAGUCGCGACCAGGAGCGCUACACCUUCGCCUCGCAGCUCGCCGUCCUGCGAAGCUCGCCCGUUGUCAUGACACGCCUGAUGCACAGCGCAGGGUCGUACCUUUCCAUCGCAAAAGUGCUAGUCAUAUCGCGACUCCUCCACAAAGCCUUGUCGCAAUCCGCCGACAAGCCUCCCCUCGUGGACCAGCUUUGGGAACGCCUGCUCUCGGCACGCCGCAGAUUGAUAAAGCGGAUAGAGAAGCGCAUGGGCACUUCCGAGGGCGACUACGCAGAUCUGGUCGAGAGCAUGUGCGCCUACGCCCUCAUAACGAGCUCGACCCCUACAGAUGUCUUACAUCAUUUCCACAAGAUUCGAUUGGAGAACAGUGUCAAGCUACUUCAGCAUGGCAGCGAUGAACUUGCCAAGCAUGGUACCAGUGCAUUGCGAUUGUGCAUACAGACAUGUUUGGACACGCAGGCAAUCUUCCCGCGACGGCUAGCCGAGUCGCUAGCCAAACUCAAAGCGCAUCCCUUGAUUCAAGAUCACGAUGUUCGUGCUCUCCAUGAGCUAAAUCUGGACAUACAUGACCGGUGGAUAGGCGAGGAAGCACGCAACUACACGCCCUGGCCGCGCCACGACGAGCUCCAGCGAGCUGACGCCGAGCGCAUACUCCAUCAAUGGUCCCGGCAAGCUAUAUCCGCUUUCCUGAAAGGCACCAAAGACGCAUUAGAGAACGAGACGCGGUUGAAGGAAGUUUCGUCACUACGGCAGGAUCUCAUCGAAACAUGGAUUAUGUCCGGUCCCCGUAUGGCGGGUGUCAAGUCUGCAAACGUCUUGGAUGAUCUGCGCGACAUGAUGAAUAACCACCUCGAAGACAUUGUCCGGCUCCGUUCGCAGACCCUUAAGACUGUGGUGGUCGAGUUGUCCAACGUGCUUAACUCGCCCACGCUUACACAGUCGUCUGGUCUCUCCCUCUGGGGCACAUACCCCAAGUCGGCGGACAUAUCUAACGGCGCGCAAGCAUUCAAGUCUACGCUCGUCAACAUUCACCAAGGCCGCGACAACUCAGUAGUGGGCAUCGUCUCUGCAUUCGACGCCUGGGCAGACUCUAUCCUCGAAGUAAAGAGCAUCGUGAAGUCGAUGAAAGAAGCACGAUGGGAUGACACAUUUGCGGACGACGUCGAUGACUCGGACGAUGACGAUCUAGGCGAUUCAAAACAAACGUUGCUCAGCGAUGACGAUCCGCGACUGCUUGAAGAGGCCACGCAAGAAGCACUUGCCCAUGCGCUGCAGAACCUAGGCAAAAGCUUUGGUCAAAUCAUCACGCAGGUGACGGAAUGCGAUGAUGGAAUAGAUGUGCUUAAAAUCUGCUUUGUACUCAGAGUGACGCGGGAAAUCGGGGAGCGGAUUCCCAAGCUCAAAUUGCAGGAUCGGGCGACGCUGCUGGCUACGCCGUUUACGCCUGCCCUACUAAAGCCCUUGCACAAGGCAUUAGCUUCGCACGUGGCCCAUCCGUCUAUGGAUGCAUAUGCGAAGGCGCUCGCUACUGGACUGAAGUCGAAAACAGAUAGUCAUAUCCUCUGGGAAGGUAACCCUGCGUUACCAGCUCAACCCUCGCCCAGCGCAGUCAGGUAUCUGCAAAGCAUGACGAAGGCCAUGGCAGCAUAUGGGAACGACUUGUGGGCGCCGCUGGCUGUGGAAGAGAUUAAAAGCAGUGCCAUUCAUUCUGUUUUAGCACCACUGAAAACCAAUCUGGACGCGAUUAAGCAACUCGCCGCAGCUCCGGCCGAGGACCAAAAGAAUGAGAAGAUCAAUGGAGACAGCGCUGGUGCUGGUGAGCAGAAAAUGGACACUGAUGCAGAGGAACAAGUGAAUGGCAAGAAAGUAGUCGCCACAGCUGCCGCAGCUGAAUUACGAGAUGGCAAGCUCAAACAAGCCGUCUUUGACAUGUUGUACAUCCAGCGUUUCAUUGGAAACCCGCAUCAUACCCCCGACGCCAUCGACGAGAUGGUCAAUGACGUUGACAGGGCGGCUCUGGACGAGAACAGCAGAGUGAGACUCAGGAAGAGCGCUGCAGAUUACGCGAAGAAAACAUAUUUGCUUUUUGCACUGUUGGCAUAGCAUAUUAUAGCAUGGCAUAGAUACCCAGGGUGAGAUGGAAGAAUCGAUUAUGUUGUUACUUGAAUUCUUGCGGCGAUUGCAGGUAAGGCCACAUAGGGGGCCGGUUGCG